ACUACCACCACCAUCCAGCCAGUUUCCAGACUGCAAACGACCAUCCCGCCAAUGACGACUGUCACUGACUUGCGUUGCCACAGAACUCGUCGCCGUUCGAUGUAGCAGACAUGAACAUUCGGACCGAUCUGGCGCGUCUCGCGCAAGGAACCGGAUAAACUGCCUCUGGUCAGCUGCUUUCGAGGAAGGAGGGCGCUAAGGGACGAAGGGACGUAAGGUGGUUCUAUGCUAUCCAUAUUCACCGUCCUUUUCCUCGGCCUCUGCGUCAAGGGCCUGGGGGUUUUGCACUAUCGCUCCUACUUUUACGUCGGCCAAUCCUACGAUACACAGAAUGGGUCGACAGUUGCGCACGGAGCCAUGUACGUCGAGCACCUUGUCCCAGCCAGAGUCACACAGCCCUUCCCACUUGUCUUCAUUCAUGGUCGUGAUAUGACGGGAACCAACCUGCUCGAAACUAUCGAUGGUGAACCUAGUUGGGCGGAUUACUUUCUGGGAGAAGGUUAUCAACUAUACCUCGUAGAUGCGCCUGCUAGAGGACGCUCCGCCUGGCAACAGAGCAUAGACGGCCCCCAGUCCAUACUUGAUACCACCUAUAUCGAGAGUCGUUUCACGGCAACAGAACGCUAUAAUAUCUGGCCGCAAGCGGCCCUUCAUACACAGUGGCCUGGCACCGGCAGCGUUGGAGACCCCAUUUUUGAUAAUUUCUAUGCGGCCACAGUUCCGAGUCUCGUAUCAGAACUCGAAUCCUCUGAGAAGAUUAAGGUCGCAGGGACUGCGCUUUUGGAUCAGAUUGGACCUGCAAUCAUCAUGGUGCACUCCCAAGCUGGCUCUUUUGGCUGGAUACUGGCCGACGCUCGUCCAUCUCUUGUCAAGGCCCUGAUUGCAUUGGAACCAAUCGGUCCUCCCUUCAUGAACGCCGUGUUUCCACCUUUAACUGCUGCCCGACCUUAUGGUGUCACCGAAACACCCCUCCAGUACUUGCCACCAAUCAAUUCUUCGGACGAACUAGUACGAGAUCUGGUCUAUCACGAUACAUCUGUAAACGUUUUCUGUUAUCACCAGGCCUCUCCAGCGAGGCAAUUGGUGAACCUCAUCGGCAUACCCACCCUCAUGGUCACGUCUGAGUCCGGCUAUCACACUCUGUAUGAUAACUGCACUGCUCAAUACCUCUUGCAAGCGGGCGUCGCUGUUGAGCAUAUCAAUCUCCCUGGUGUGGGUAUAUAUGGUAACGGACAUAUGAUGUUCAUGGAGAGAAACAGGAAGCAAAUUGCUCGGGAUGUUGUGCACAAGUGGUUGCUUAAAACAAUUGGAAGCUAAAUGGUGAAAUUCAAUUUGAUAGCGGUAUCACACCCAUGCGACAAUUUACUGUACGUUACAUGAGGUUGAGAUCACCGAACUUCUCCUUGUAUCCUGGAAAUGAAUGCCUUCAGUACGCAUGGAAAGCAGUAGGGUAUUGAGCAUCCGUACCUGGCACCGUCCAUUUGCCCUUCUUGACCAUAGUCUCCA